AUGCUGUCGUUCCACCAAAAAAUUACUGAUAACCCAAAGAAAGAUGUGAAUAUCCUGAGAAAUACAGGACAAAAUAAUUUAGGAUUUUAUGGUCUACACAAUACAAAUAUAGGUGUACUUAAAGAUUUCAAUUUCCAUCAAUUAUCAUCUGUUUCGUCAUAUUCAGCAUCAAGUCAAUACUUACAGGCUAAUAGUCUAACUGCCAAAAAGUAUUCUAUAUUUUUCGAAAAUGCUCAACAUCCAAGAAAAUCUCAUAUUUCAAUUUUACCUUCGAAAAUUAUGAAUAAUGGCUUAUUUGGAAAAAAGGAAACAUCUGUUUAUAUGACUCUAUCGGACAAAUUCUGCUACCUUCGUCAAUCGUCUGGAACACAAGCUACUGCAUCAAUUAAUAAAUGUUUUCAAGUUUAUAUCGAGUGGAAGAAGCCAUCAAUGAGUGUGAUGGAUUCGAAUUCUGAUUACUGUUCGACAUGUACUAUGUCUUCUCUACCAUAUAGAGAUAAUAGAAAUUGUGUACCUGAGAAAAUGUUUAACCCUGAAGUAUAUUUCUUUGGAAGAAAACAGGAAGAUAAACAGAAGGGGAUGGGAUCUAAAUCUCAAAAGUCAAACCUAGAAAAAAGCGUCAGUGCAAAAAGUGAUCAAAAACAAAAUAUAAAAAUAUCAAGUACAGACGAAAAGAAAGCUGGAAGUGACGCCUCAAUUAAGAAACCAAAACCAAAUUCACCAUCAAAGACAUCAAAAGGAGCAGCUAUAAGUACCGGAGCUAAACACGACGUAAAAAAAAUAAACUCUAAAUCAAGUAUCCAAUCCAGUUCUGUAACAAAUGAAAAAAGUCCUAGUAGUGAAGUCUCAGUUUCGAAACCAAAACCAAAUUUGCCGACAAAGACAUCAAAAGGAGCAGCAACUGCAUCAGGUACUUCAAAGACUGUAACUAUAAAAGAUGAUAAAGUACAAAAACCAUGUCCCGCGGUAGGAACAACGAAAGAAGAUAUGAUGAUGACAGUAUCACAUAUAAAAAUUGGGCCUAGAGAUAAAUGCCCUGUUCACGGUAGUGAGCCGUGUCAAGGACCUAAAUGCAUAUUAGCUUCUUCUGGAGAAGAACAAGGACCGGUAAAAGUAACAACAGUAAAUAAUCCAAGAAGAGGUGUUUUUGAAAUAGUUAUAAGAAAAUUGACUGGAGCUCCAUUAGCAAAAAACGAAUUAAUGUUGGAGUGGACUCCGCCGCCUCCUCGUCCAACACCAUACAAUACUACAUGUCCAAUAACAUACAUCACUCCUAGUAGUUGCCGCCAUUCAAAAUGUAAGUUAAUUGGGUGUCGUCCUCCGUCACCUUGUAGACCGAAGUGCCCCAAAAGAAUACCGUGCGCCCAAACUCCAUGCCGUUCAAAACCAUGCAAAAAAUGUUGUAAAAUUUCUUGUAGUAGAAAUCCUUGCUUUGUAUGUAAGCCAUGUUACUCUCGAAAGCCUCCUUGUCGCUCCCCUUCACCAUGUAAAAACCCUUGCAACCCGCCUUGUGCAAGGACCCAAUGUACUACUCCAUGCAAAAGCUCACCAUGUCUUCGACUAUGUCCAGUUGGGCGCAAACGAACUCGUAAGUCACAUAGUCAACCAAGGAUAAAAUCUCACCGUAAAAGACUCUCUCCCUGUUAUAAUCGGUCUAAAGUAUGCCCUGUGGUCCGUUGCCGAAGCGUGCCUGGACCAUGCUCUGCUUGUUGUAUAAAACGACCCAUUUGCUUGCCAAGAAAAUGUUACUCGGUAUUACCAUGUAAACCUCCUAAAACAUAUGGAAAAGGUCAAGCAUUCAAUUUCAUCUCAUUCCAAAACUCCAUUCCUAUGCUGUAUUCGGCGUCUCCGCCGUCAUAUUCAACUAGCUUCAAGCAAUAUGCUGCAGGAUGCUGGGCGGAUGCACUUUGG